AGAUAUCCAGGACCAAGACUGGACACGCCUGCACUAGGCUAUUUUAGAAAGAUGGAAAAGAAGAAUUAGGGAAAAUCGAUAAAUUAUGACUAAUUUAUUGCUAUUGUGUGAAUAUUAUGUAAUCAACAAAAAAGUACUAACUGUAGUCUGAUUACAAGUAUUUUAAAACGUAAUUUAUUCUAAUUACAAGUAGCCUAUAGCCUACUUAAUUUUUGAAAUCUGAUUACUAAUCCAGAUGACUACCCAGCAUUGAUGAGGACAUGAAAAUGUAUAGCAUAGCAGGAAUUGCCCUCAUGACAACAAAGCAAGGUUCACUGACAGUGUCAGUGCAGUCUCAGAACAAGACUCAAUGGGGAAGUUCAUUGAGAAAUCGGACAGUCUGUUACAUGUCUGCAAAACAGCUAGCGAUUCAGCAAACUGUAGCAUCCCACUGGAAAUUCUGUGUCAGAGCAAUGUCACAUGCGGUCAUAUGUUGCACGUCUGCACUUGAGGUACACAGCACAUGCGAUGCGAGGCGCUUAUCCGCUGAGGAGUUUCCACUGAGGGCGGCGCUACGCUCGAUUCAGGAAGUGCUGGCACAGAGGAAAUUUUGAUAUCGUGAACAAGCGCGACUGCUGAUCAGAGAUGGCUGCUGUAACUCUCGUGGAUCUCACACACGCCUGCUCUUCACAACACGACACUUGUGUGAAAGAGCGCAUUAGCGAGUUCUGUGCAUUGACCGGGGAUGGCUCGCGAGAGCCGGUCUUCUUCAUCGCGGAUCCGGAGAGCUCCGUGGGGACCGGCAGAUUUCCUAGAAGCUCACUUCAGGAGAUGUUUAUCGGUUUCAUCAAUUCCCCACAGGUCCUGUGCAGGAGCUCGCGCUCAGCCGCGUUAUACUCAUUCAAACAGGCUAUAGACAGAGAGGACAUCAGUAACGUGAAGAUCGUGACUUCGAGCCGCGGGAGAGGGGUGUUUCAGGUCUACCAGGAGCUCCUCUUCACUUCUGCGUAUAAUUUUGAGUACAGUAUCAUGUUUGACAGUCUGUCCUGUGAGUGCUGUCCCCUGUGUCCAUGCACAGACAGCAGCUCUCAGGCAGCUGACGCUAAACAUGAGCUCAGCACGUUUCUACAGCGCCUCCCAGCGCUCAAAGGAGACAUUGCAGUUCUCAGAUCUCCUUUAAUUUCAGACUGCUUCAGUCAUGGCUUCUCCACUCGUACUGGAGGUAUAUCCUACAUCAGCACUCUGAGCUCACUCAACCUCUUCUGUAACCCACGGCGGAAAGACUCCAGAGCCGUGGUGGCUGAGAACCUCCGGCGGCUCGGCCUGCAGGCUGGAUUUCACCCUCAACAGUUCAACCUCAUAAAGUGUAAUCAUGCCAGUGAUGUGUGGGUGAUGGGCAAACCCGCCCCCGACAGUUACGACGGGAUGGUGACCAAUCAGGUGGGUGUUGUCAUAGCAGCACCAGGGGCUGAUUGCAUGCCGCUACUCUUCACUGACCCUGUAGCAAAGGUUAUUGGAGUGGCACAUGCAGGCUGGAAGGGGACUCUCAUGGGAAUUGCCAUGGCAACGGUGAAUGCCAUGGUGUCAGAGUUUGGCAGCAGGCCUGCAGACAUUGUGUGUGUGAUCGGUCCUUCUGUUGGGCCGUGCUGCUUUACUCUGGAGCAAGAUUCGGCCCGAGAGUUUCACGCCAUACACCCAGACUGUGUUAGACAUAUGGACUCAUCUAGACCUUAUGUCGACAUCAGACUCGCAACCAGAAUCCUGCUGGCGAGGGGUGGAAUUAAACCCGAACACAUCGAGGACAUCAGGAUCCCACACCAAUCGGAGUCUACUCUCUGCACCUCCUGCCGUCCUGAACUGUUCUUCUCACAUGUGAGAGAUGGACUCAACUUUGGGACACAGAUUGGCUUUGUGUGGAUCAAAUAAUCAUGCAUUCACCAAGCUCUGACCGAAUGUGCAGAAACAUCGCAUAUGCGUGUAUUCACUUAUGGGGAAGAAUCUAAAUGACAGAACAUAAACAUAGUAAUAUAAUAAAUUAAUUAGUAUGGAAUUAUCCCAUGUUGGACACUGAAAUAAACAUUUUUAUUUGGUUAGUUGUCACUCCACAGGACUGAAGAAUUAGAUUCACAUACAUACAAUAAAUACACUUGUAAUUAAUAGUAGAAGGUAGAACUUCCUUAUUUGCUGAUUUUAAAAUUUACCUGAAAGCUUACUGCUGGUCGGUGUCCUGAUCAGCAGCAUUUUCAAGAUUUUGUCACUCGGUUGUAUAGACUAUGUAAUAUACAUUUAUAUUUAAAAUAGUAUUUAUAUCCAAAUUGUUCAUUUUGAAACAAAAGGAUAGUCCUACAUCGCAGGAAUAUUUCCACAUUUUACUUGAAUUGCUAAAUGUGAAUUGCUAAAACUAUGAAUUAUAAUAGAUAAUUUAAUGUUUGUGGGGAAAAAAAAAGUAUAAGCCCUUUUCAACAGUCAACAACAAACUAUUGGAAGAAAUAAAGAAACCUUGCUAAAAUACA